AAAAAGCAAAAUGGAGGAGCUGGCUGCGCAUAUGGGAAAAUUGUGGAACGGGGAAAACUCAGCCGGGAUGGAACUGUGACGAAAAAAAGGAAGAACGAAAAAAAGCAAAGGAGGAAGGGAUGCAGGCACGAAAAAAAGAAAAAGGGGGAAGCGUACCACGAAAAGGAGUACCACGAAAAGGAGUACUACGAAAAGGAGUACCACGAAAAGGAGUACUACGAAAAGGAGUACCACGAAAAGGAGUACGACGAAGAGGCGCACAACGAAGAGGCGUACAACGAAAAAGCGUACAACGAAGAGGCGCACGCCGAAAAAGCGUAG